CUUGGUACCUUUGGUUAUAAUUACUUGCUUUCCAAAAUUUUCAAAGAUUUGAAUGCCAUUAUGGGCUCAGAUAAGUUCUAAGGAUCAACAGAAAGCUGUAUCUGUUGUUCUCUCUAUUUAGGGGAGGAGCUGCCACACGCACCAGGCCACCACCAGCAAUAUAUUACUAGGCUCUGAGGUUUUGUGAAAAAAAACAGUGAAACAAUUAACUAUGCAAGCAUGAAGAAACUGUUCCCUCCUGCAAAUGCUGCCAAACCUUCAAAACCUGAAAGGAAUUUCUGUGUUUUAUUGUGACAACUUUAGAAAGCCACAACUGGAGUGCAAUGAUACAGGCUUUAGAUUGGAUAAUGCCCUGCCUUUUCUAUUUCUCUACAAUGUCAGUCCAGCUAUCUAUCAGUCUCCAAUGAAAUGAAUGGUGCGGAGAACAUAAUUGAUCAAAAGAAUUCAUCUAUCAUACUGAAGGUCAAAACCCAUAUGGUUUCUUAUUGGACUCAGUUAAGGACCAUCAUCUUCUCACAUCAUUCCAACUAGCCCAAAUCUGGAUACCCUACCUAGAACGAACUUGGAAACUUCCUGGAAAAGUACCUCACAUUGAUUCAGACAUGCUUCAUUUAACCAAGUCUUUUUAACUUUCUCUUUUUUGGCUCCUGUAAAUGCAAUCUUUCUUAUUGUCCACAAAGAAAAAUUGAGGAGCGUAGAGAGGAAGAGAUUAGCAGUAGCAGUGAGGAAGAAAAUGGAGUUCUUGGCAUUGUUUGCAUUAGGUGCUGCAACGGGUACUCAGUUUCUUGAGACUAUAUGGGCAAAAGUGGAGGUCUUCAACAAUAUAUGGUCAUUCAUUAGCUAUCACAACCGUAUUGAUGAAAAUAAGCAAACACUGAAAAGAAAAUUGGAAGCAUUGUGCAGUGUGGAGGAAGAUAUUAACAGAAAACUAGAAGUUGUCGAGUUUCGAACUGGAAAAAAGCGAAAAAGAGAAGUAGUAAAUUGGUUGAGCAGUGUUCAGAGAACGAAAAAGGAAGUGCGUAGCAUGGAACAACAAAUUUCAGAAAGAAAAUAUCUGGUAGGACCAUGGUGGGAAGGUCGUGUUGCAAAGAGGAUUCGUGAAGUAGAAGAGCUUUAUGAGCAGGGACAGUUUGAAUCUCCUCUGCUAGAUGUGCAUGGAACUAUUGGGAACGAAUUAUUGGCAACAAAUUUGGUGGGUCAUAAUCCAAAUGGAGGAGUUCUAGACACAAUCUGGGCAGGGUUGAUGAAUGAUCAGGUGCUAAGUAUUGGUGUUCAUGGACCUGAAGGAGUUGGAAAAACGGCGAUUAUGACGCAUAUUCAUAAUCGACUCCUUCAAAAUGCUACUUCUGAUAAUGCUACUUUUCAUCAUGUUUACUGGGUUACUAUAUCAGAUGAUUCCAGCAUCCGCAAGUUGCAAAAUGAUAUUGCCAAAGAAGUAGGACUCGAUCUUUCUGAUGAAGAAGAUACAAGGAAAAGAGCAGCCAAGUUACACCAAGGACUUCUAAGAAGAAAGAAAUGUGUGCUAAUCUUAGAUGGUCUUUCAUGUUACUUUGAUCAAGUUAAGGUUGGCAUUCCAACUGAAGUAAAUACUUGUAAGCCAAUUAUAACUACUCGAUUGUCAAAGUUGUGUCGCAGGAUGUGUUGUCAGGAAAUCAUUGAAGUUAAGCCUCUUCCUGAUGGAGAUGCAGACAACUUAUUUAAGGAAACCCUUAGAAACUCACUUCCAUCGGAGGUUGAUGAAAUUGCGAAGCUAAUUGUCAAAGAAUGCGGAGGUUUGCCUGAUAAAAUUAUCCAUAUUGCAGAGGAGAUGAGGGAGAUAGAUGACAUUCAUGAAUGGAAAGACAAGUUGUAUACACUUCAAGAAUGUAGAGGGUCUCAAUGACCAGCUAUAAAAGUAAACUCUAACUGUUGAUUUUUCUGAGGACUGAAGUGUAUUUCCUCAAUAUCUUUCUCCUUUGUAAUUUCUAUUUUUUUUUUCUUUUUCUUUUUUAGUUGCUGUAGGAUCUCAAAAUUGAAGUAUGGCAAUAUGGAUCCUUGUUGACUGGGGUUAGCUAAACAAUUCAGUGGAGUAUUUAAGACAUAUUCAGUAGUCUCUAUAUAUACGGGAAUUGGUACUGGUUCUAAUGGCAGU